CAUGGCCGCUGGUUUGAAGAGAGACCCUAUUGUGAUCCUCCGUAUUGAUGGAGAAGAUCUCGACAAAUUCAUCAAUGGGCCAAUUUUUGAACCAGAGAUGGUAGCCACGUAUUCUGAGAUAAAGUCAGCUGAUGGAAGUGGAACCCUCCGUGACUAUAUAGCCAAAGCUUUGGAAAAACUCACGGUUGAGCAAGGGAUGCCCCCUUCAUCAGACUCUUGGGUUAUUAGCAAUAUCGUGGAACCUGCUCUUGAAUCAUGCACUGGCCAUGAUUUGGACGAGCCUGUAUCUCAAGGAAAUUUCAUAGAGGAGUUUAAGAAAGUGGCAGAGUCUGUGGCUCAACGUCUUAAGGAACAGCCUGUGAAUGUAGCCCACAGUGAAACUUACUUUGAUGGAAGUGGCAUUAAGAGACUGUUGUCCAACAAGUUUGAAUUAGACAAGUCGCUGAAUGCAGCUGUUGAAAACGAGCCAAAAGACCACAGUGGGAAACUGUCCAAGGAAUAUUUGCGUGUGGCGCUGGAUGUGGUGGCUCCAACGGCUGGUCUGGCAUCACUUGGUGUAGUUGAGCAGAUGGACAAGGUUGUGCGGGAUGCGUUCAACUUGAUGAAUGAAGAUGAUGGAAAGCUGCUCAAAGAAGACGAGUUCAAGAAGAUAUUGACUGAAAUCCUGGGGAGCAUCAUGUUGCACUUGGAGGGAAUUCCUAUCUCAGUUUGUUCAAAUUCAGUUGUGCACGAGCCCCUUUCCUCUUCUUGUACACUAUUGCAGCCAUCUUCCUAGUUAUAGAGCAAUAGCUCUCGUGAAUAUAUCUAGCGUAACAAAGAUAAAACUGGCAGUAAAAUUUUGAUGAAGGAAAUGUUGACUACCACAAGUUUGUGUGUUGCUAGUUAGAGAUGGAGCCAAGAUUUAUCAAUGUCCACUACUGUGUCUGUUGUGACUGAUUUCUGUUUGAUGCAUUCAGGGCUCGAUCUGAAAUUGUAACUAGAGCAAAUGGAAACUGGAUUUGUCCCUC